GUCCAUUGCAAAAGAGCUUGCAGACUGGCUUAUCAGCAACAAUGUGGUUGAACAUAUUUUUGGACCAAAUUUACAUAUUGAGAUCAUCAAACAGUGCCAAGUGAUUCUCAAUUUUCUUGCAGCUGAAGGGCGACUUAGUACUCAGCACAUAGACUGCAUUUGGGCAGCAGCGCAGCUGAAACAUUGUAGUCGCUAUAUACAUGAUCUGUUUCCUUCAUUAAUCAAGAACUUGGACCCUGUCCCGCUUAGACAUCUUCUUAAUCUAGUGUCAACUCUUCAUCCAAGUGCUCAUACUGAACAGACCUUAUAUUUGGCAUCAAUGCUUAUAAAAGCACUGUGGAAUAAUGCACUAGCAGCUAAGGCCCAGUUAUCAAAACAGAGUUCAUUUGCAUCUUUACUCAGUACUAAUCUACCCAUGGGAAAUAAGAAAGAGGAAGAAGAGCUCAGAAGGGCAGCCCCAUCGCCUUGGUCACCUGCAGCUAGUCCUCAAAGUAGUGACAACAGUGACACCCAUCAAAGUGGAGGUAGUGACAUUGAAAUGGAGGAGCAGAUAAUCAACAGAAACAAACAUGUGCAACAACGACUUUCAGAUACAGAGGAGUCCAUGCAAGGAAGUUCUGAUGAGACAGCAAACAGUGGUGAGGAUGGCAGCAGUGGUCCUGGUAGCAGCAGUGGCCACAGUGAUGGAUCCAGUAAUGAGGCCAAUUCCAGUCAUGCAAGCCAGUCUGCAGGAAGUCCAGGGAGUGAGGUGCAAUCAGAAGAUAUUGCAGAUAUUGAAGCUCUCAAAGAAGAUGAUGAGGAAGAGGAGGAAGAUAGGGGUCAUAAUCCUCAGAAAAACAGUAGGAGCACAGAGCUACUAAGCAGGAAGAUAGAAUCACAAGCAGGCAUUUGUUUAGGAGAUUCACAAGGGGCAGCAGAUAGGAGUGGUGCAAGCAAUGGGUCAGGAAAGGACCAUGUUUUUAACACUGAGUCUGUCCCUCCAGUGGAUAGUCGAAUUAGAAUGCUAGAUGCCUGUUCACACACUGAAGAUGCAGAACAUGAUAUGACAGGGGAAAUGAAUCCGGCUCACAUAUCACAAGGGUCUCAGGAUUCUUGUAUAACACAUACAGGGAACUUCCUUGGGGAAACCAUUGGAAAUGAAUUAUUUAACUGCCGGCAGUUUAUUGGGCCACAGCAUCACCACCACCAUCACCACCACCAUCACCAUCAUGAUGGACACAUGGUUGAUGAUAUGCUAAGUGCAGAUGAUGUCAGUUGUAGUAGUUCCCAGGUCAGUGCAAAAUCUGAAAAAAAUAUGGCUGAUUUUGAUGGUGAAGAGUCUGGUUGUGAAGAAGAACUUGUACAGAUUAAUUCACAUGCUGAGCUAACAUCUCAUCUUCAACAGCACCUUCCUAACCUUGCUUCUAUCUACCAUGAACACCUUAGUCAAGGGCCAGCAGUUCAUAAACACCAGUACAACAGCAACGCAGUGACGGAUAUUAACUUGGAUAAUGUUUGUAAGAAGGGAAAUACUCUUUUGUGGGAUCUGGUCCAGGAUGAAGAUGCAAUUCAUCUCUCUGAGGGAUUAAUAAAUGAAGCAGAGAAGCUGCUCUGUUCCUUAGUGUGCUGGUUUACUGAUAGGCAGAUCCGAAUGAGAUUCAUCGAAGGCUGCCUGGAAAACUUAGCAAAUAACAGAUCUGUAGUAGUUUCACUUCGUCUUCUUCCAAAGUUAUUUGGUACAUUUCAGCAGUUUGGGAGCAGUUAUGAUACACACUGGAUAACAAUGUGGGCAGAAAAAGAACUUAACAUGAUGAAACUCUUCUUUGAUAAUUUGAUACACUACAUUCAAGCAGUAAGGGAAGGACGACAUAAACAUGCAUUGUACAGCCACAGUGCAGAAGUUCAAGUGCGUCUUCAGUUUUUGACAUGUGUUUUUUCAACUCUUGGAUCACCAGAUCAUUUCAGAUUGAGUUUAGAACAAGUGGACAUUUUAUGGCAUUGUUUAGUAGAAGAUUCUGAGUGCUAUGAUGAUGCAUUACACUGGUUCUUAAAUCAAGUACGAAGUAAAGAUCAGCAUGCUAUGGGAAUGGAAACCUACAAGCAUCUUUUCUUAGAAAAGAUGCCACAGCUAAAACCUGAAACUAUUAGUAUGACUGGUCUAAACCUGUUUCAACAUUUAUGCAACUUGGCCCGACUGGCUACCAGUGCAUAUGAUGGUGGCUCAAACUCAGAGUUGUGUGGUAUGGACCAAUUCUGGGGUAUUGCCUUAAGAGCACAGUCUGGUGAUGUCAGUCGAGCAGCUAUCCAGUAUAUCAACUCUUAUUAUAUUAAUGGUAAAACAGGUUUGGAAAAAGAACAAGAAUUUAUUAGCAAGUGUAUGGAGAGCCUUAUGAUCGCUUCCAGUAAUCUUGAGCAAGACUCCCACUCAAGUCUCACCAUAAUUGAAAGAGGACUUUUAAUGCUAAAGACACACCUUGAAGCUUUUAGGAGGAGGUUUGCGUAUCAUCUGAGACAGUGGCAGAUUGAAGGCACUGGUAUCAGCAGUCACUUAAAGGCACUUAGUGAUAAACAGUCAUUACCACUAAGAAUUGUAUGUCAGCCAGCUGGACUUCCUGACAAGAUGACUAUAGAAAUGUAUCCUAGUGAUCAAGUGGCAGAUCUAAGGGCUGAGGUUACCCAUUGGUAUGAAAAUUUGCAGAAAGAACAGAUAAACCAGCAAGCUCAGCUUCAAGAGUUUGGCCAAAGCAGCCGGAAAGGAGAUUUCCCUGGUGGUCUCAUGGGACCUGUGAGAAUGAUUUCAUCUGGGCAUGAACUAACAACUGAUUAUGAUGAAAAAACACUUCAUGAAUUGGGCUUUAAGGAUAUGCAGAUGGUGUUUGUAUCCUUGGGUGCACCCCGGAGGGAGCGAAAAGGUGAAGGUGUUCAGCUUCCAGCAUCUUGCCUACCUCCUCCUCAGAAGGACAACAUUCCAAUGCUUUUACUUCUGCAAGAACCUCAUCUUACCACCCUUUUUGAUUUGUUGGAGAUGCUUGCAUCUUUUAAACCUCCUUCGGGUGAAAUGGCUAUGGAAGAUAGUGAGAGUGCAAGAUGUGAAGAACUCCACCUUCAUGCAGAAAACCUGUCCAGGCGUGUCUGGGAACUGUUAAUGCUUCUACCUACAUGUCCUAACAUGUUACAGGCAUUCCAAAAUAUUUCAGAUGAACAGGGUAAUGAUGGAUUUAGUUGGAAGGAUCUCCUGCGAAUAAAAAGUGCCCAUAAACUUUUGUAUGCACUUGAAAUCAUUGAAGCUUUGGGCAAGCCUAACAGAAGAAUAAGGCGAGAGUCUACGGGAAGUUAUAGUGACCUUUAUCCAGACUCUGAUGAUUCGAGUGAAGAUCAAAUAGAAAAUAGUAAAAACACCUGGAGCUGCAAGUUUGUUGCUGCUGGAGGGCUUCAACAAUUGUUAGAAAUUUUUAAUUCGGGAAUUCUAGAGCCUAAAGAGCAGGAACCAUGGACUGUGUGGCAGCUAGACUGUCUUGCUUGCUUGCUGAAGUUGAUAUGCCAGUUUGCAGUAGAUCCCUCAGAUUUGGAUUUAGCUUAUCAUGAUGUCUUUGCCUGGUCUGGUGUAGCAGAGAGUCACAGGAAAAGAACUUGGCCAGGCAAAUCGAGGAAGACUGCAGGAGAUCAUGUAAAGGGCCUUCAUAUACCUCGUCUUACAGAGGUAUUCCUUGUCCUUGUCCAGGGAACAAGUUUGAUUCAGCGACUUAUGUCAGUUGCCUAUACGUAUGACAACUUGGCACCUAGGGUGUUGAAAGCUCAGUCUGAUCACAGGUCAAGACAUGAAGUUACUCAUUAUUCAAUGUGGCUCUUGGUGAGUUGGGCCCACUGCUGUUCUUUGGUGAAAUCCAGCCUGGCAGAUAGUGAUAAUUUACAAGAUUGGCUAAAGAAACUUACCCUUCUUAUUCCAGAGACUGCAGUUCGCCAUGAGUCCUGUAAUGGUCUGUACAAAUUAUCCCUCUGUGGUUUGGAUGGGGGAGACUCAAUUAAUCGAUCCUUUCUGCUUCUGGCUGCAUCAACAUUAUUAAAAUUUCUUCCUGAUGCUCAGGCAUUGAAACCUAUUCGGAUAGAGGACUAUGAAGAGGAACCAGUGUUACGAUCUGGUUGUAAGGAAUAUUUUUGGUUGCUAUGCAAACUGAUUGAUAACAUACAUGUAAAAGAUGCCAGUCAGACAACACUGCUUGAUUUAGAUGCCCUAGCAAGACACCUCGCUGACUGCAUUCGAAGCAGAGAAAUCCUUGAUCAUCAGGAUGGUAACAUAGAAGAUGAUGGUCUUACAGGACUCCUGCGGCUUGCAACGAGUGUUAUUAAACACAAACCACCUUUUAAAUUUUCCCGAGAAGGACAGGAGUUUCUAAGAGACAUCUUCAAUCUUCUGUUUUUGCUGCCAAGUCUAAAAGAUAGACAACAGCCAAAAUGCAAGUCACAUUCUUCAAGGGCUGCUGCUUACGACUUGUUGGUAGAAAUGGUAAAGGGGUCUGUAGAAAACUACAGGCUGCUCCACAACUGGGUUAUGGCACAACAUAUGCAGUCUUCCCAUGCGCCUUACAAGUGGGAUUAUUGGCCACAUGAUGACGUUCGAGCUGAAUGCAGAUUUGUUGGUCUAACUAAUCUUGGAGCAACUUGUUACUUGGCAUCCACUAUUCAGCAGCUGUAUAUGAUACCAGAGGCUAGACAAGCCAUUUUUACUGCUAAGUAUUCAGAGGACAUGAAGCACAAGACCACUCUACUAGAACUUCAGAAAAUGUUUACAUAUUUAAUGGAAAGUGAAUGCAAGGCAUACAAUCCAAGGCCUUUCUGUAAAACCUACACCAUGGAUAAGCAACCACUUAACACUGGAGAGCAAAAAGACAUGACAGAAUUCUUCACUGAUCUGAUAACAAAAAUUGAGGAAAUGUCUCCAGAAUUGAAAAAUACAGUGAAAAGUUUAUUUGGAGGGGUCAUUACAAAUAAUGUUGUUUCUUUGGACUGUGAGCAUGUCAGUCAGACUGCUGAAGAGUUCUAUACCGUAAGGUGCCAGGUGGCGGAUAUGAAGAAUAUUUAUGAAUCUCUUGAUGAAGUAACUAUUAAAGAUACCUUGGAGGGUGACAACAUGUAUACCUGCUCUCACUGUGGGAAGAAAGUACGGGCUGAAAAAAGGGCAUGUUUUAAGAAAUUGCCUCGCAUCUUAAGUUUCAACACUAUGAGAUACACAUUUAAUAUGGUCACCAUGAUGAAGGAGAAAGUCAACACGCACUUCUCAUUCCCUUUACGUUUGGAUAUGACACCUUACACAGAAGAUUUUCUCAUGGGAAAGAAUGACAGAAAAGAAGGUUUUAAGGACGACAGUGAAUAUUUAAAAGAAACUGAAAGUUACGAGUACGAUUUGAUAGGCGUGACAGUUCAUACAGGAACAGCAGAUGGUGGUCACUACUACAGUUUUAUCAGAGAUAUAGUCAAUCCCCACGCUUACAAAAACAACAAAUGGUGAGUUAAGUGUUUAAUC